AUGGCGAGGCGGACGGGGGAGAAACCUCUGGGUUCGACGCCGAAUACGCGCGCUGCUUUCCGGGAUCAACACCUUCGGAUUCACAGGGGCUUGUUGGCUUUUUCGUGGAGCUUCGUUCUAAUGUGCUCGGUUCUUUCUUGUGGAUACUGCGGAGCCGAAACGGAGUUUUCCAUCCUGGAAGAAGCGCAAGUUUUGGCCGAUCAGAUGAAAAAGCUGUCUUCCCAGGAGCUGGGAGUCUUUACCAUGCAGAGGAUUUUCAACUCGUUUGUGUAUGCUGAGAAGACAUCAAACGGAGAGACAGAAGUGCAGCAGUUGGCCAAAAAGAUCAGAGAAAAGUUUAACCGCUACCUGGAUGUGGUGAACCGGAACAAACAGGUGGUGGAGGCCUCGUACACCGCUCACCUCACCUCUCCGCUUACUGCGAUACAGGACUGCUGCUCCAUACCUGCAUCUAUGAUGGAGUUUGAUGGAAACUUUAAUACCAACGUAUCCAAGACCAUCUGCUGUGAUAGACUUUCCCCCAACGUCAACAGCCGAGCUUUUAACCCUGGACGGGACCUCAACUCAGUUUUGGCAGACAACCUGAAGUCCAACCCGGGGAUAAAGUGGCAGUACUUCAGCUCAGAGGAGGGCAUCUUUACAGUCUUCCCUGCCCACAAGUUCCAGUGCAAGGGAAGUUACGAGCACCGCAGCAGGCCUGUGUAUGUGUCUGCGGUGCGUCCCCAGUCCAAACACAUCGUGGUGAUGGUGGACCAUGGAGCGUCUGUAACUGACACCCAGCUUCAGAUCGCCAGAGACUCGGCACUGGUCAUCCUCAACGCUGUAGAUGAACAUGACAAGAUCUCUAUUUUGUCAGUGGCAGAGAUGGUUCGCUUCUGUUCUCUGGACCAGUGCUAUAAGAGUCUCCUCUCUCCGGCCACCAGUGAGACCAAAAGGAAGAUGAGCACCUUCAUCUCCAACAUCAAGGCGUCUUAUGGAGCCACACUGCACGCAGCCGGCUUCCAGAAGGCCUUCCAGCUGCUCCGAAACACUAGCAGUCUCUGCAAACAGACCACAGACAUGGUGAUCAUCUACCUGUCGUCUGGUAUCACAUCUCGGGAGUCGUCGGAGCAGGAGAAGAGAGCGACGCUCACUGUGGUCAGAGAGGAGAACCGACACCUCAACAACUCGGUGAUGAUUCUCACAUACGCGCUCAUGAAUGAGGGAGUAACAGGCCUCAAUGAGCUGGCCUUCUUGAGGGAUCUCGCAGAGCAGAAUUCGGUGAAAUACGGCGUCGACCGAACUUCCGCCCGAGACCGCUUAUCUGCGGCAUCCUCGUCCGGAUCAGGUGGCGUUCCCAUGAUGCCGGUGGUGAAGGGUAGUAUGAUGGUGCUAAACCAGCUGAGCAACCUGGAGACAACAGUGGGCCGUUUCUACAUUAACUUGCCCAAUCGCAUGAUCGACCUGGCCCGCUUCAGCCUGCCCUACACUGACCCCAUGGGAGAUGGGUUUAUCAUGACCGUGAGCCGGCCGUGUUAUUUCGGGAACCUGCUCCUGGGCGUGGUUGGGGUGGAUGUGAACCUGGCCUACAUCCUGGAGGAUGUCACCUACUACCAAGAUUCACUAGCUUCUUACACGUUCCUCAUCGACAACAAAGGUUACACCCUGAUGCAUCCGUCACUGACACGCCCCUACUUGAUGACCGAGCCUCCCCUCCACACUGACAUUAUCCACUACGAGAAUAUCCCAGGAUUCCCUGUUGUCCGGCAGAACAUCCUCAGCCUCCCUCUGGGCAGUCAGGUCAUUUCUGUCCCAGUCAACUCAUCUCUGUCCUGGCACACCAACCGACUCCGGAACAACAACAAAGAAGCAUACAACGUCAGCUACGCCUGGAAACUGGUUCAGGACACGUCUUUCAUCCUGUGCAUCGUGUAUGUGCAGCCGGAGAUCCCAGUGAAGCAUCUGAAGAACCUGAACACAGCUCCCAGCUCCAAGUUACCGUACCAUCGCUUAGACCUGCUCGGUCAGCCCAGCUCCUGCCUGCACUUCAAGCAGCUUUCCACAGUUGAGUCCCCCACUGUGAUGUUGGCAGCCGGUAGUUUCUCCUCUCCCUACGAGCACCUCAGUCAGCCAGAAACAAAGCGCAUGGUGGAGCAUUACACCGCCUACCUGAGUGACAACACCAGGCUCAUAGCCAACCCAGGCCUCAAGUCCUCUGUCAGGAACGAGGUUAUGGCGACCAGUCACGUCACGGAUGAGUGGAUGACACUAAUGGAAAUGAGUAGCCUCAACUGCUACAUUGUGCGCCGUUACAUAGCAACGCCCAGUGGGGUGCUCCGGAUUUACCCAGGAUCACUGAUGGACAAAGCCUUCGACCCGACCCGCAGACAAUGGUACCAGCAUGCCGUGGCUAACCCUGGCCUCAUCACCUUCACGGGACCGUACCUGGAUGUAGGCGGGGCAGGCUACGUUGUCACCAUCAGCCACACCAUCCAUGCCUCCAGCUCUCAGAUGGCCCCCGGUUAUGCAGUGGCAGUGAUGGGUAUAGACUUCACGCUACGCUACUUCUAUAAGGUCCUACUGGACCUGCUGCCCAUCUGCAACCAGGACAAAGGAAACAAGAUCAGGUGCUUCAUAAUGGAAGACAGAGGGUACCUGGUCGCUCACCCCACUCUCAUUGACCCCAAAGGUCACGCCCCUGCAGAGCAACAACACAUCACACACAAGGAGCCGCUGGUGGCUAACGACAUCCUGAACCACCCUAACUUUGUCAAGAAAAACCUAUGUAACAGCUUCAGUGACCGCACCGUGCAGCGCUUUUACAAGUUCAACACCAGCAUAAUGGGGGACCUUACCAACCUGGUCCAUGGUAGCCAUUGUUCCAAGUACCGUCUGACCCGGAUCCCCGGCACGAACGCCUUCGCUGGUAUCGUCAACGAGACGUGUGACUCUCUGGCGUUCUGCGCCUGCAGCACCGUGGACCGGCUCUGUCUCAACUGCCACAGAAUGGAGCAGAAUGAAUGUGAGUGUCCAUGUGAAUGCCCCCUGGAGGUCAAUGAGUGCACCGGCAACCUCACCACUGCUGAAAACAGGAACCCUAGCUGUGAGGUGCACCAGGAGCCAGUCAGUCUGAAUGUGAUUGAUCCUAGUCUGCAUGACACCCUGCCCCAGUGCAUCAAUACUCGCUGUAGCCAGAGAUACACCAGCAGUGAUUGUUUCGGCGUGUUGGACUGUGAGUGGUGCAUGGUGGACAGUGAUGGAAAGACUCAUCUCGACAAGCCGUACUGUGCCCUGCAGAAGGAAUGUUUCGGGGGCAUCGUCGGCGCCAAGAGUCCUUAUGCCGAUGGCCCUGGAGCCCUAGAUGAGGAGGUGGCAUCUCUAAACAUGAUCAAGAGUGCACCUGUGGGUCCGGUCGCCGGGGGCAUUAUGGGAUGCAUCAUGGUGUUAGUGCUGGCUGUGUACGCGUACAGACACCAGAUCCACAGGCGUUCGCACCAGCACAUGUCACCACUGGCAGCACAGGAAAUGUCAGUGAGAAUGUCCAACCUGGAUAACGAAAGAGAAGAGAGGGAUGAAGACAGCCAUGAGGACAGAGGAAUCAUCAGUAACACUCGAUUCAUCGCCGCGGUGAUUGAGCGGCACACUCACACACCUGAACGGAGACGAAGGUACUGGGGUCGAUCGGGGACAGAGAGUGACCACGGCUACAGCACCAUGAGCCCGCAGGAGGACAGCGAGAAUCCACCUGGGAACAACGACCCGCUCUCGGCUGGUGUCGACGUCGGUAACCACGACGAUGACCUCGACCUGGACACGCCUCCUCAGACGGCAGCGCUGCUCAGCCACAAGUUUCACCCCUACCGGCACACGCAUACACACCACCACCCGCUGCACACGCACCACCUGCAGGCCGCCGUCACCGUGCACAGUGUGGACGCAGAGUGCUGAUCUACAGCGCGGCAUCCGCCCCCCCCCCUUCCAGGGAUGGAACUUGGAUAGAACUUUUGUUGAAUUAUUAUUAAAGACUAUUUUUAAAAACAUUUGUGCUUGAUUAGACAGCACACAGUAGGUACUGUCAGGAUGGACGUAGGGAAGAGAAGCUGGACUCACUGGGCCGCUGGGAUCUUUGCCAUGAAUGAAUGUUUAGCUUAAUAUGGUCUCAUUGUGCCAACAUCUCCAUCUCAACCCUUUUUUAUAACCCAGUCCAAAAAUGGCAAGUAUAUACACUUUUACACACACUGAAAAUUACCAGACCUGGGCCAGUAGUAAUAACCAAAUGGAAUGUUUGUUUUUUGAAGGAAUUUGGCAUUUAGGACUCUGUAAGAGCACACAAAAAUGCUGUUUGAGCCUAUUCAUUGAGGACAGGACACAACUGGAACCUAAAAUCCUUGAGGGAGGAUGGAGGUCUUUAUUUCCAUGUGUAAGGCCAGAGAAAACACUUUUAUAGGACCAGAGGAUAAUCAAAUUAAGAUGGAAAUCUAGAAGCUGAUUGGACCCCCCCCUCCCCCAUCCCAGCCUCCCCACUAAGUACACUUGUGGUGAUGGACAGGAGGGGAACAAAGCUCUCUUUACAUUUGUGCAAAUGUCUCAAAUGAAGAUUAAGAAUAUUGUCUUUUUACAUAGACCGGUACCUAAUGUGGGAUUUUAUCAUGAUAGUUUACUCUCUGUUCUGCAGAUAGACUCUCCACAGCUGGGCUUCUUUUAAAGAUAUUUGGACACAUUUUUUCCACAGAUUUGGAUAUUGUCUGUGAAUUACAAAGUGCGAAAAGAAAUCAGUAAUUCACAUAAAUACAGGAAGAAACACUUUUAAGAGGGGAAGAUUAUUUUUCUAUUUAUUAAAGCGGUACAUUUUCAGAACAGAUGAGUAAGCAGCUGCAGCUAACACAAACAAGAAAGUAGUUGGGAUGAGUGAUACGUACUGACCCACCCUCAUUAUUUUCUUGUUAAUUUGGAAUUUAAAGAAUAUCAGAAUUUGCCUUUGCUGCAUAAUCACAAAGCUCAUUUGGAUUUCAUUUCCAUUUCUUUCUUCAAUUUCUUUUAUAAAUUCUAAGCGAACCUCUCCACCAGAGGAUCCCAUUCACUAUAUAGUGUGGUGAACAGUGUCUUCUUGCAGCAUGAAAGAGGUUGUGAUGAGCAGGGACCCUAAAUCAAAAUCAGAUCAGAAAGAAAAAGACCAGUAAAAGAAGAAACAAAUUAAAAUGAUGAGCCUUAAAUCACAUCCGGUCUGAGUAGUUCGGAGGAAGCGGUCUUUGACAUAGCACAUUUUUCUUUCUGUAUUCCCAGUUCUGAAUCACUGAGGUCUUUGUGUUAUUGUGAGGUAAGACUUGCCGUGCCGAACAUCCUCAUUCUAGACAUGUCCUCUGUAUCAGGAGGCAGAACUUCUAUGCUCGCUUGCCUUUGUAAGCCUCCUGGGGAUGAAAGAGAGAACAGUGAAAGUAACACCAGCAAAACAUUCCUGGCUUUAGUCGUUGCAGGGGAUUUGGUGUGUCAAGAUAGUUGGGGAUCCUUACAGAGCUUCUGAGAGAUGCACAAAGACUGAGUACUGUCCCCACUAUCUGCCUGAGUAGGAAAAAACAGUAGAGAACCCCCCCCACACACACACACACACACCCCAACUUAUUUUGCUCCUGAGGCCAGAAUGAUACUGUGUGUAUGUUAAAGUUGUGCGCUGGAUUUUGUGCAAAGCAAGUUCAGUGAGGCCCAAGAUGGAGUCUCCUUCUCAUCAAAGAGUGAAAGAGGGAGAGAUGCUGCUGUUGUACAGAGGUUACACCCAUCUGUCGGCUCCUCUGUGGUUAACCACUCAAAUGUCUUUUCUACACGUCUCGUGUGUGUGUGUGUGUGUGUGUGUGUGAAAGAGAGUGAAAGAGAGUGAAAGAGAGAAUGAUCAUUGACCUGGAACAUUUUCAUUGAAUGCAUUAUUGCAUUUUUCAAGAUAGUAUCCGAGAACUAUAGGUGAGAUUAUUAUGAUUGAGAAAUCCACUCAUUUUUAUUCUGAUGAAGUCACUUGACCCGAUCUGUGCUUCGUGGGUGUGAUUGUUCAGCUGGUUAAAAUCACAUCGGUGUGGCAUCCAUUUAUUUCUGGGUGCAAAAAAUGUCUUUUGUUUUUCAGUGAGUCAUUAUGAAGUGUAAAUACAGAAUCACAAAUAGCUAUUGAUGUCCUUUACACUCCAUUUUUUAUGUUAAACAUGAUUUAUGCUUCAAAUGAUGCUCAGAUAUUCGGGUUUGAUAUUUUUGAAUUGUCUGUUCAUGGUGUCUCACUAUAUUUUCGAUGCCUUGGAUGUUCUCUUAGAUUUAUUUUUCUUUAGGUCCAUAUUGGAUGGAAGUCAGUACUUGGAAAAAUGAACACACACGUUUUGUGUUUGAGAGACUUCUAGUUUUUAAAGUUUUAUCAUGUCUUCAAAAAUGUUAAAGAAAGCUUAUCUCUCCAUUAACUAAUUUAGAUUUGCAAAAAAAAAGGAACGGUACUACAUCUUUUCACUGAGUUAUGACCAAAACAACACACUUGUAGUGAAUUCAGUUUACAGUAGGCUGCUGUUAACCGUGCUGUGGUUCUGUUGCUAAGCCAUUUACAGUUUUUUAUGUUUGCUGCAAAAGUGCUAAACAUUUUGACACCUGAUAGAGCAGUGAGAUUAAAACAAAGUGGUGUUAUCUUUGUAAUAUUUCAUGUCAAAGUACUGCUGUUCUUAAACUCAUUGUAUGUGAAGUGGGUUAAAUAUUUUCAAUACACUCAAGGCUUUGAUCACAGAAAGGUUUUUCAUUAUGCCAUCUGACCAUUUACUGUUGCAAGUUUGACCCAAUUAACAACAUUUCAUUACCUGCAGUCAUAUUUGUCACCAAAAACUAUAUUCACCACUUUAUAUGGUACAUCAUUUUGGUUCUAUUAGACAUUGGCACAGUCUUGUAGCAUUUCAGAGCAUAUAUUUUAAACUUUUGUGUCUGUUGGGGCAAAUUAUUUUUUCCAAAUUGAGCAUUUUUUCAAGAGAUAUUUAAAACAGUAUUUGUGCGUGUGUGUGUGUGUUUGUGUGUGUGUGUGUGUGUGUGUGUGUGUGUGUGUGUGUGUGCGCGCGCACGUGUGUGCUUGUGUGUGUGUGUGUGUGGAGAACACUCUGAAAAGCAUUCAUUAAUGUACUGAAGGAACAUGUGUACACCCCUCCCAUGUAUUAUAUAAAGUUAUCAAAUUGAGAGUUAAUGCAAUGUGAAUGUGAUAAAGUCCAUUUUACACUUAAA